GUGCUCUGGGGUGCCGAAUCUGAUUGGUUAACUUUUUUUUACUUGCGCCUGGAAGGACCAUGCUUUGUUGGAUGAUGGGCGCACCGCAGAAUAUUUUUGCUUCUUGCUUGGAUUGUUUUUUGCAAUACAAGAGACCUUCAAAAAGAGCAGGAGAGACGAUUUUUAACGUUAUUAUGGGGAAAUUUAAUUACAAUCUUUUAAUUUGAUAUGGAUGCCUAAUUUAAUAAAUAGGAAACGCCAUUAAAAAUGGUAAUUUGAGGCAUUAAUUCAUAAAGAUCCUACUAUCGGUGAGAAAAUUCGAGUCCUCUGGCUUUGACACGGAAAAAACUUUAAAUUUUGUAUGCAAUAUUUUGAAUCCUUGUUCAGGAUAUGCAAAAUGGUGAUUUAUGGCGUUUAUAUUGUUUCAAAAUCUGGCGGAUUAAUUUUUAAUCAUGAUCACAACGUGCCAAAAGUAGAAACAGAAAAAGUAUUUAAUUUUCCACUUGAUAUUAAAUUGGCUUACGAAAAUAAGAAAACUGUUGUUGUCUUUGGCCAACGAGAUGCAAUAAAUGGACACGUUUUGACAGCGGUUAAUGGACAACCAGUAAUAGGCUGUGAACUUACGGAUGGCAGCAAUAUCUUCCAUUUACUGAGUAAGCAAGAUAACUAUCCGAUCUCUUUAAAGUUCAGCCGAGCUAAAAUGACGACCAAUGAGAAGAUUUUCCUUGCUUCGAUGUUCUACCCUCUCUUUGCGAUUGCUAGUCAACUUAGUCCAGAGCCUCGUUGUUCAGGGAUUGAAGUACUUGAAGCAGAUACUUUUCGAUUAUACUGUUAUCAAACUUUGACUGGUGUAAAAUUUAUAAUAUUAACUGAACCCAUUCAAUCAGGUGCGGAUAUUUUAGCAAAACGAGUGUAUGAAUUAUAUGCCGAUUUUGCAUUAAAAAACCCAUUCUAUUCGUUAGAAAUGCCUAUUCGUUGCGAACUUUUCGAAAAGAACUUACAAGUACUUUUAGAAUUAGUAGAAAAAUCAGGUGUAACGAACGUAUGAAGGAAACGAUAGUAUUGAUUAAAAAUGUGAAUAUUCUCUAUACUUGGUAAACAAAAACUAAAUGUUUGUUAUGCCUAAAAUAUAUAAUGCAUUAACAAUGAAGAUUAUAUUCCACAUAAAAAAUAAAGAUUUCAGUCUAAGAUG